AACAAAUAUGAAGGACCCUUUUAUGUCAUUUUCUCUAAGCUCUUACAUCACAACAAAUACUACUUAUAUUAUAAAAGCACCUUUCUUCUUUCAUUUGCAACUGAAUCAUUUAAUACGUUAGAUAUUUCAGUUCUUACUAAGAAGUAAAGAUGACUACAGUGCCAGCAUUAGCAGAGCUAAACUUUGUUGUGAUACCUUUACUUUCUACAAGUCACCUCAUACCAUUGACCGACAUGGCCAAAUUGUUAGCACAGCAAGGCGUGACAGUCACGUUAGUCACAACACCUCUUAAUGCUGCCCGAUUCACUGCAGCAAUUGAUCGUGCCAUUCGUUCUGGACUAGUCAUUCGGGUGGUAGAGCUCCAGUUUCGAGCUAAGGAAGCAGGAUUGCCGGAGGGGUGUGAAAACCAUAAUGAUGUGCCCGGUCUGAAGUAUCGACGACAGUUCUUUGCUGCAAUCGAUAUGCUACAAGAACAAGCUGAAAAAUUACUUGAAGAGAUGAAGCCUAAGCCGAGUUGCAUUAUUUCCGAUGCGUAUGUUGCUUGGACAGCUGAGACAGCUGACAAGUUUCAGAUUCCUAGAAUCGUUUUUGAUGGAAUGAGUUGUUUCACUCAAAUGUGCAUGCAUAGCUUGUACAUCAUGAGGGAUCAAAACAAAAUUCCUGAAUCAGGGCCUUUUGUCAUACCUGAUUUGCCAGAUAGAAUUGAAGUCACUAAAGCUCAGCUACCUCCACAUUUCAAUCCGGCCAGAGCUAUUUUCAUACAAGAUAUUCGCGAGAAAAUACGAACAGCUCAAAAUAGAGCCUAUGGGGUUGUAAUCAAUACUUUCAAGGAGUUGGAACAAAGGUAUGUUGAUAAAUUCCAAAAACUUAAAGAUGGUAGGGUUUGGUGCAUUGGACCUUUGUCUCUAUGUAACAAUGACGAUCUUGAUAAAGCUCAGAGAGGGAAUAAGUCCACAUUUGAUAAAGAGGACAGUUUGACGAAAUGGCUUGAUUCUUGGCAGCCUGAGUCUGUCGUGUUUGCAUGUUUUGGGAGCCUUGGUCGUAUGACAGUUGUACAAUUUGUGGAGCUGGCUUUAGGCCUGGAAGCAUCAGGUUAUCCAUUCAUUUUAGUCAUAAAAGCAGGGGAAGGACAAGCACCAAUAGAGGGCUGGAUAUCGGAAAAUGGAUUUGAAGAAAGAACAAAAGAAAGAGGGCUUUUGAUCCGUGACUGGGCACCACAAGUACUAAUUCUAUCACACCCUGCAAUUGGUGGGUUCUUAACUCAUUGUGGUUGGAAUUCAACUGUUGAAGGGAUUAGUGCUGGUGUACCUAUGAUCACAUGGCCUUUAUUCGCGGAGCAGUUUCUAAAUGAGAGGUUCUUAGUACAUGUACUGAACAUAGCUGAGGGUGUUGGAUCUCAGGCAAUUGUGCAUUUGGGCGAAGAAGAGAAGUUUGAGGUGGUCCAAGUGACCAACAAAGCAGUAACGGAUGCCAUAAAACAGGUGAUGGACAAGGAGAAGGAAGGAAACGAGAUGAGAAAAAGAGCUAGAGAACUUGGAGAAAUGGCAAAAAGGGCUGUAGAAGGUGAUGGAUCUUCUUACCUCAAUGUGACACUACUAAUCAAGGAAAUACAAGAAUUCCAGCUUAACCAAUCAGCUAAAAAUGCAAAUGCACAAGCAUGCGAUGUACUUGUUUGAUUAGAAAAUGUUAGGAGCUUUUUUGUGUGUGUUUGUGGUUUCGAGUGCUUUUCUGUUCAAGGAAAAUGAUUUCUUAGAAAAUAAAUGUGUUCUGGUGUUUGGUUGGUGAAUGAAAAAUAUUUUUAGAAGACA